AUGGCUGGGCCAUGGCUCGGCGCUUCGACCCGGACCAAGACCGCGCGCCUGCCGUGGCUGCUGCUCUUCUGGUGGACGCAGGCGCUGCUCUGGCUGCGUCGCUGGCUCAAGAGGCCGCUCAUGCGGCUCGGCAUCGGGUCCUUGGACGACGUCGAGGCGGUCCCAAGCGCCGAGAACGAGGCGGACGACACGUCCAGCGCUGCUGCUGCUCCCUCUGCAGAGCUUCAGGACGCGGCGCUGCCCUGUGGCCUGCCCAACAACGGCAACCUGUGCUUCGCCAACGCCGUGCUGCAGUGUCUGGCCGCCGUCCCGGUCUUCCUGGAGAGCGUGGACCGCGCACUGCGCAUGCGCUCGCAGCUGCACGUGGUGCGGCAGCCCGACGACGCUCAGGCGCAGAAGCUGCUGGUGGCCGAGACGCUCGUGAGUCUGCUGAGAGGCGUUUCCCCAGUGGAGGAAGAAGACCAGCGCAUGCGGCGCUUCAGGUCCGCUGCGAGUCGGUGCAGCUACUUGGUGUCGAGUGCUGCGUCCAGACAGGAGCAACAGGACGCAGAGGAGUUCUUGUCCUUCUUGCUGGAACUGCUGCACGAUCUGCUGCGGGUUCCAGCGCAGCCGCAACGAGAAGAGGAGGAGGAACGCCAGCAGUUCCUGCAGGCGGAGAAGUGGUGUCUCAAGAAGCUUAAAAGCUAUGACCCGAACGACCCGAGGUCGUACAUGCACGCAGUUGCAAACCUGGGCGAGGCGCGUUGGAGCCAUUUCCUCCGGCAGAAUGCAUCAGUGAUUACGGAUCUGUUUUCGGGGCAAACUGUGCGAGGCUCGCAAUGCUGCAGUUGUGCUAACCUCACGUGUCUUCACGAAGAGCAACGGAUUAUUUCCCUAGCGAUCGCUUCGGGGAAGGGCGAACAAACGCUGUCCGAGUGUCUGGAGCACUUUCGUCACCCCGAACAGCUCACAGGCGAGAAUCGUGUGUACUGCGAUGGCUACUGCCGCGCCAAGACCACACGCCUCACGCAAAUUCUGCUACAGCGUGUGCCGCCUGUGCUGAUUCUUCGGCUGCAACGAUUCAAGCAUACGUCGACGAGAGGACAAACAGAGAAGGUGGAUACGCCCGUGAGCUUCCCGUGUGGGAGCGAUGACCUGCUGGACAUCACGAUGAAUGCAUUUUUCAGAGACGAAGAGAAGCGCGUCACGUUCCAGCUGGCUGCAGUGUGCGCUCAUCUUGGCAACUCGAUUGACUCUGGUCACUACGUCGCGUAUGUGCGGCAUCACCAUUCUCGGCAAGAUGCCGCCGAGUGGCUUCGGAUCGAUGAUGACGUGGUCUCAGUGCUUGACGAGGCAACAUUUCGAAAAGAGACGCUAACGUCGGCUUACCUUCUCUUCUACACACUAGUCACAAGGUGA